AUGAUGGUAAAUGGCAGAUAAUAAGAGAUUCAUCUUUAAGCUUUAUUUUUUUCAUUAUCUUCUGGAAAAAAGUUGUGGUAAUUCUGUGCGUGUGCAAAUACAUGCUGAAUCUGGCUGAAUAUUUCGGUUAGAAGGGUGAAGAUCUGAUUUAAAGCAAUUUAUUAUGAACUCAAUAUCUUUAUGUUAUAGAAUCCAACCUAAAAACAGCUAUGGCAAGAACUAUGGCAAAAUCUACAGCAAAUAGUCUCUCAAUCAUCACCUGGAACACUUGUGGUGUUAAACCAAAAAACGCAGCCCAAAUAAACUGAUUGAUAUAAUGAAGUAUGGCAGGAAUGGUGACGUAAUCUUCCUUCAAGAAACUCACAUUGGACAAUACUGCUAUAAAGAGAUGGAAAAACAUGGAUGGAAAGAGAUGGAAAGACAUUGGACCUCUUACUUCACUGUUUACUCUCCAAGUAGCAAAGGAGUGGCCAUACUGGUGAAUAAAAAACUAAAAUCACACUAUCAGUACAUCUGCCAUGAUGAAGAUUACACUGGUGGCUACAUUGUGCUGUUCUGUCAGAUGUAUGGUCAACUCUUCACUCUAGUGAAUGUGUACAAUCAUAAAGAUGACAAGAAAGUACUGGGGAGGCUGUCACAGUAUCUUCAGGAGAUGAAGAUUGGAACUUUAGUGAUUGGGGGGGAUUUCAACACUGUCUUUGACCUUGACUUUGACAAGCGUACAGCAUCUGAACAUAGACGGCACACAUCCUUACGACCUCUCCUGCAGAGUUUCAUUUCCUCACUGAACCUCCAAGACACAUGGGCAAGACUACAACCAAUAGAAGAAGACUUCACUCAUUCUCAGAGCACCAGCCACUCCCGGUUAGAUAUGUUCUUCAUGCCACAGAACAAAGCACACCAUGCUCUGACAUGUACGAUUCACCAACCUAAUGCGAUUUCAGAUCACAAUCCUGUGUCUCUGAGAGUCCAAGUAGAAUGUACAAUAACACAGGUUAUUCCCAGAAAAGUGAGCCAGAUAGGAGACAGUGAAACAACAAGAAGGCAAGGAAAAAUCAGUGGAGCUGAAGUCCUAGUGGCGAUGAAAUCCCUUAAUGACUCAACACAAUCACUACCAUAUGAGGUGGUGACUUCAGGGCCAGAUGACUAUACACAAUCACCAUCGAGGUCAGAUGAUUCAAGACAAUCAACAAAACAUCAACCAUGUGAUAGAUGUCCAACACUGUCUCCUUACGAUGCAAGACUCCAGAUGGAGUCAGAUCACUCCAGACAAUCACCAUACUGGCGGUCAGAUGAUUCCAGACGAUCACGGUCAGAUGGUUCCAGACAAUCACGGUCAAGAUCAGAUGAUUCCAGACGAUCACGAUCAAGAUCAGAUGAUUCCAGACGAUCACGGUCAGGUGGUAACAGACAAUCACGGUCAAGAUCAGAUGGUUCCAGACGAUCACGAUCAAGAUCAGAUGAUUCCAGACAAUCACGAUCAAGAUCAGAUGACUCCAGACGAUCACCAUCAAGGUCAGAUGACUACAGACAAUCACCAUCAAGGUCAAAUGACUCCAGACAAUCACCAUCAAUGUGGUCAGAUGACUAUAGACAAUCAACAAAAUAUGUUUCAAGGUCAGAUGACUCCAGACAAUCACCACCAUGUGAACCACAUGAUUCCACACACUCAACACAAUAUAAAUCAACGUUAGAUAACCUUAUGGAAAUAGAAAGAUUAAAACACUAUUAUAAUGAAGUACUCAGAGAAAAUAAGAAAACCCCUAAAGGAUUCAACAGAGAGUACAAAAUAUUUGCAACAAUACUUGCCAACCGUCUGCAGAUGUUCUUGGAACCCUUAUUAAAUGAAAGGACCAAGGCACCCCUGAGUCCGCAUUGCACUGUUACUUUGGUCCUUAAUGUCAAAAGACAGAUCAAUUGGAAGUUCUUAAGCAUUGCAAUUAAAUCAAUGAAUACAAUCCCACUUCAAAACAUUCCCAAAGAGGACACAAUUUUGAAGAAUGUGCUUUCCCAGGACUUGGGUAUCUUGCGGAAGUUGCUUCUUAGGGUUGAAUAUUCCCCUGUUCAUAAGAAACGUCUACAUCAUGACUGUCCCCUCACCCCAGCCCUAUUUAGCCUGUGUCUGAAAUACAUGGAGGACGACAUUUCCAGAGUCAUCCCAAAUGUCACCACUAGAAUCAGCUACCAAAGAAGGAGUCUUAAGAUCUACAUAGACACUCCGGGAGUAAAAUCUGUGUAG